UCAGUUCCAGUUUCGCUUUAGCGAUGAUAACCCUGUCAAUUGCACCAUCCGUGGGCCAGACGGACGGGUACUCUACCGCGUUCAGACGACGUUCUCGAACGGGACCGUUACCACCGUCGAGCGUCCAGAUGGAGAAGUCUUAGCUGCUCUCCAUUGGUCUGAUAUGGGCUUUGACAAGGUGGCGGUCGGCACAGAAAAGCCCGUACGCCUCGGCAAGUUAUUGCAUUCUGGACCCCUUUUUAGCGAGUAA